GGAUUCCGUUUUAAGUUCGACCCGUGAACUGUGAAGCCGUAACGAUGUCACUGGCCUUUGAAACCACCGGCGAAGAUACAAUCUCAUCGCCACAUGAUCUCGCCACGUAGCAGGUAAGGACCAGUGCCUGCUUCGGCCUUCUCUUAUGGGCUUAUGGGCUUAUAUAGUAUGAAAGCCGGAGUUUCACACGGUCUCCCUUACUUCCUACUCUGCGUCCUUCCAUUUGAGUAUCAGCUUGGUGGUGUGGACAUACGAAUCGAGGUCUGAAAAUGGCAGACGGAAUUCGCUUCUUUCAAUUGAACACCGGCGCUAAGAUCCCUUCGGUAGGGAUGGGGACGUGGCGGGCGGACGCUGGACGCGUCGGCGGAGCCUUGACCACUGCCAUUAAGGUUGGAUAUCGGCAUAUUGAUUGUGCUAAACUUUAUGGAAAUGAGAAGGAGAUUGGGUCUGCUUUGAAGAAGCUGUUUAAUGAUGGAGUAGUGGAGCGUGAGGACUUAUGGAUCACCUCCAAACUCUGGUGUACUGAUCACGCACCAGAUGAUGUGCCAAAGGCAUUAGAUAAAACUUUGAUGGACUUGCAACUUGACUAUCUGGAUCUGUAUCUCAUCCACUGGCCAGUUAGAAUGAGAAAGGAUUCGUUUGGCUAUAAGCCUGAAAAUGUUAUCCAACCUGACAUACCAAGUACAUGGAGAGCGAUGGAGGUGCUUUAUGAUUCUGGCAAGGCUCGAGCUAUUGGAGUGAGCAAUUUUUCUUCAAAGAAGCUUGGGGAUCUGUUGGAGGUAGCACGAGUGCCUCCAGCUGUUAACCAAGUGGAGUGUCACCCCUCAUGGCAGCAGCCAGGAUUACAUGCAUUUUGUAAAUCAAAAGGAGUUCACUUAUCUGGGUAUACUCCUUUGGGUGCCCCUGGUAGGUGGUCUAAGAACGAGGUGCUUCAGAAUCCAAUUCUCCUUAUGAUCGCAGAGAAGUUGGGGAAGACUCCUGCACAAGUGGCUCUUCGUUGGGGGCUGCAGAUGGGUCACAGCAUACUGCCUAAGAGCACAAACGAGGAAAGGAUCAAAGAAAAUCUUGAUGUUUUUGAUUGGUCUAUACCCAAAGAUUUGUUUGCCAAGUUCUCUGAAAUUGAGCAGGAGAGGCUUGGUAAGGGUACUGCAUACGUCCAUGAGACCUUUGGUGCCUACAGGACCAUUGAAGAACUUUGGGAUGGCGAGCUGUGAGCAGACAUUGGGCAUCUGCAAGUAUUGUGGUUUUCAUUGACCUUAUUGAUUACAAAUUACUUGAUUUUCAAUGCGUUGAGGUUUGAGCCGUUUUGGCCUCAGAAAUUACAGUAAACUAGUCGGAUUUUUAAUUGUGUUUAUAAUUUAAUCAAGAAGUUGUUUAAACGUGGAA